CCCGUUGGUCUUGGUGUGUUUGUCUAUUUUUUUUUUUCUCUUUUCUUUUUGGUCAUUAGGACGUUCCAAUCUUCUUGAUCCCGAGUGAAUUGACGUAAGGGGACGUGCUCAUUGUUGGAUCAAGCAACAGCAGGAGGAGGAGGAGGAGGAGGAGGAGGGAGAAGAAAAAAAGGCUGUUUGGGUUUUACGUGGCAAAGGUGAUUCUUUUUUUCUGUCUUUUCUGAGAAAAUCCGAAUGGGAUGAAAUGAGAAGAAAAGAGAGAGAAUGGAGAUGUGAGAAGAAAUAGAUAUGAGAGUCAAACGCGGGUCGGUCAUCUUCGUGAUUCUGCUAUGCGCAUUGGCCGCUGGGACCUCGGAAGGCAAGAGAAAAGCUGUGCAAGAACUCGUCGGAGAUGGAGGCGUUUCAUUGCCACCACGGGCGGCGAGUUCCGACAUGACAGAGCAAGCAUGGAUUUACUGCGAGAAUGAACUGAUGGCCAGGGCAGAGGUGAUGCGGGAUUUUGAUGUAUACGCACUGCAGGAGGCAAUCUAUGGCCUUAGAUCAAUCAAAGGAAACAUGGACAAAGCCUUGGGAACUCUGCCACCCGAUGUGAAACGCAUGCUCUUGGAUUGCUUAAGAGAGAACAAUAUCCGAGCACGCACUUCCAAUGGGGAGCCGAACUCCAGGAACUGGUUCAUGGAGUGCGUGGAGUUUCUCUUCUAUUGGCCAAAUAUUCCUCGGAGAAAUCUGGUAGGCAGGUCAGAUCACCGGAUAACAUGGCCUGAUGUACUAGCACCAGCUCCAUCAAGGUCUCAACGUAAAAAUAUAAUGCCAAGUCCUGCUCCGUCUCCGUCUCCGAACCAAAAUGUAGCAAUUAGCCCUUCUCCGUAUUCUGCAACAGCAUCUCCGAGUCCCAGUCCAGCUCCAUCUAAUCUUGCUCCAACCAUUUCUCCAUCCCCAAAACCACAAGCUCCCGUGGAGUCACCAGGGGAGCCAUCUUUAUCGCCAGAUAAGAGUGAGCCACCGGAGCCACCGCCAACUAGUGAACUUCUACCUAUGAGGACACAUGUUGCUCCAAGCCAUACACCUAAGAAAGACGAUGAUCACAAACGGACGAAAAGCGCAAUAGUUGCCGGGUGUACAGUGGCUGGGACAUUUCUGUUUGCCUCACUAAUCUUCCUAUUAUGCUGGUCCAAGGGCAGGAACAAGAAAGUUGAUCCCAGAGCAGGACAAAGAGAUGAUAGACCUCUUCUAAACUUGGGCUUGAGUGAUUUCUCUGCAGGUUCCUCCCAAAAAUCCCAUAGCAUUGGAAAUUCAAGCGGUAAACGACUGAGUUCUAAUAGUGGAAAGAGCCCAUCCUUUGUGAAUCACCUUUCCAUGGUAUCCGACCAUCAUGGUUCGUCGCCGCCUGAAGUAUCCUCCCUGGAAACAACUGGAGUAGUGCCCCUUCCUCCACUGAAGCCACCUCCUGGAAAAUCAGCUCCAUCACCUCCUGGACCACCACCUCCGGGCCCACCACCUCCUGGACCACCACCACCACCACCUCUUCUCCGGCCGCAGCCUCCACCACCACCAAAAGUUGCUCGCCCUCCACCACUACCUCCUAAAGGAGCUUCACCUCUUAGACCAAACCAGCAGGAUGACCCCAAUGCAGAAUCCGAACCCAAAACCAAGUUGAAGCCAUUUUUCUGGGAUAAGGUCCUAGCAAAUUCUGAUCAGACAAUGGUCUGGCAUGAGAUCAAAUCUGGUUCCUUCCAGUUCAAUGAGGAGAUGAUGGAGUCAUUAUUUGGAUACAGCACUGUGGAUAAGAACAAAACUGACCGUAAAAAAGAAUCAUUAUCACUGGAAACUCCACAGUAUAUUCAAAUUAUUGAUACGAAAAAAGCACAGAACCUCUCAAUUCUACUACGGGCACUUAAUGUGACAACGGAGGAAGUCUGUGACGCCCUUCAAGAAGGUACUCAGCUUCCGGUGGAGCUUCUCCAGACUCUUCUAAAAAUGGCUCCAACAACACAAGAAGAACUGAAACUCCGAUUGUUUAGUGGUGAAAUAUCUCAACUUGGCCCUGCAGAGAGGUUUUUAAAGGUCUUGGUCGAAAUCCCAUAUGCUUUCAAGCGAGUGGAAACACUACUAUUUAUGAACUCAGCUCAGGAAGAAGUAUCCAGUAUCAAAGAAUCCUUGACGACUCUAGAGGUCGCCUGCGGUAAACUCAGAGAGAGCAGACUGUUCCUUAAACUCUUAGAAGCAGUCCUCAAAACCGGUAACCGCAUGAAUGAUGGGACGUAUAGAGGUGGUGCGCAGGCAUUUAAGCUUGACACACUAUUGAAAUUGUCAGAUGUCAGAGGAAAGGAUGGUAAAACCACCCUUUUGCAUUUCGUCGUUCAGGAGAUCAUCCGUUCUGAAGGAAUUCGGGCUGCUCGUUCUGCAAGCGAGAGCCAAAGCAUGUCUAGUGUUAGAUCGGAAGAUCUCGUGGAUGACCUGAGCCAUGAUUCAGCAGAACAUUAUCGUGCUCUUGGGCUGCAGGUGGUUUCUGGAGUCAGCAACGAACUUGAAGACGUGAAAAAAGCUGCCGUAAUUGAUGCUGAUGGUUUAUCAGCUUCAGUAGCAAAGCUGGAGAUCUCACUUGCAAAGACUAAACAGUUCCUGAAAACCGAGAUGAAGAGCAUGGAGGAAGAAAGCAAAUUCUGUGACUCGCUCACCAGUUUUACUGAGCAUAUAGAAGGUGAUGUUGCAUGGAUAUUGGAGGAAGAGAAGAGGAUAAUGGCUUUGGUGGAAAGCACUGCAGCUUACUUCCAUGGAAGCGCGGGGAAAUCAGAAGGGUUACGUCUCUUUGUGAUCAUACGUGAUUUCGUGAUAAUGUUGGAUAAGGUCUGCAAAGAAGUGAGAGAUUCAGCAAUGAAGACAGUUAAGACUUCCAGAACAGAGACACCAACUGCAUCGCCUUCCCGAGAAAACCAUCAGCCAUCACCAGAUAUCCGGCAGCGACUAUUUCCAGCAAUUUUAGACCGACAUAUGUAUGAUUCUAGUUCAGAUGACGAGAGCCUGUCUGCAUAGUUUUGUACUGGUUUGCUGGUCUUUAUUCAAUGAGAAGUUGGUGGAAUUCUAAGUAUAGUCAUCUUUAUACUUGUAAGAGAAGUGAGUUGAACGGACAAUGCAAACUACAUUCAGACUCACCGAAACUGAUUUUAAUAGAGGCAGCUUUUCAGCUUUA